CCGCAGCGCCGUGCUUCGCUCGCCGUGCCCGCUCCGCACCCGCUCCCCGCUCGCCCAGCCCCGGGCUGCUCCCUCUGCAGCUGCCGCCGCGCGAACCCGGAGGUCGUCCGCGCCCACCAUGCGGGCUCAGCUCUGGUUGCUGCAGUUGCUGCUACUCCGCGGGGCCGCGCGCGCGCUCAGUCCCGCAACACCCGCAGGUCACCAUGAAGGUCAAGACUCUGCAUGGACUGCCAAGAGGACCAGGCAAGGCUGGAGUCGGAGACCCCGAGAGAGCCCCGCUCAGGUGUUGAAGCCAGGCAAGACCCAGCUAAGCCAGGACCUGGGUGGGGGCUCCCUGGCCAUCGACACACUUCCGGACAACAGGACUCGGGUGGUGGAGGACAACCAUAACUACUACGUGUCCCGUGUCUAUGGCCCUGGUGAGAAACGAAGCCAGGAUCUGUGGGUGGACCUGGCUGUGGCCAACCGGAGUCAUGUGAAGAUCCACAGGAUCCUCUCCAGUUCUCACCGACAGGCUUCGAGAGUGGUCUUGUCCUUUGAUUUCCCUUUCUAUGGGCAUCCUCUGCGGCAGGUCACCAUAGCAACCGGAGGCUUCAUCUUCAUGGGGGACAUGCUCCACCGGAUGCUCACAGCUACGCAGUAUGUGGCACCCCUGAUGGCCAACUUCAACCCCGGCUACUCUGACAACUCCACGGUCGCUUACUGUGACAAUGGGACCGUGUUUGUGGUUCAGUGGGAUCAUGUUUACCUCCAGGACCGGGAGGACAGGGGCAGCUUCACCUUCCAGGCGGCCCUACACCGAGAUGGCCGCAUUGUCUUCAGCUACAAAGAGAUCCCCAUGGCUGUCGUGGAUAUCAGCUCUGCCCAGCACCCUGUCAAGGCAGGCCUGUCGGAUGCUUUCAUGAUUCUCAAUUCAUCCCCAGAGGUGCCAGAGUCUCAGAGACGGACCAUUUUCGAAUACCACCGUGUGGAACUGGACUCCAGCAAGAUCACCACCACCUCGGCUGUGGAGUUCACCCCGUUGCCAACCUGCCUCCAGCAUCAGAGUUGCGACACCUGCAUGUCCUCGAAUCUAACCUUCAACUGCAGCUGGUGCCAUGUCCUGCAGAGGUGUUCCAGUGGCUUUGACCGAUACCGGCAAGAAUGGCUGACCUACGGCUGUGCCCAAGAGGCGGAAGGCAAGACAUGCGAGGACUUCCAGGAUGACAGCCACUACCCAGCCUCCCCUGACAGCUCCUUCAGCCCCUUUAAUGGCGACUCCACUACCUCUUCCUCCCUCUUCAUUGACAGCCUCACCACAGAAGAUGACACCAAGUUGAAUCCCUACGCAGAAGGAGACGGCCUUCCAGACCACUUGUCUCCGAAGUCCAAGGGUCCUCCCGUGCACCUGGGCACCAUCGUGGGUAUCGUGCUUGCUGUACUCCUGGUAGCGGCCAUCAUCCUGGCUGGGAUUUACAUCAGUGGCCACCCUAAUUCCAAUGCUGCACUCUUCUUCAUCGAGCGGAGACCUCACCACUGGCCAGCCAUGAAGUUCCAUAACCACCCCAACCACUCCACCUACACCGAGGUCGAGCCCUCCGGGCACGAGAAGGAAGGCUUCGUGGAGGCCGAGCAGUGCUGAGAGAGCAUCGGGCCAGAGACCUGGGGAUGGCAUGAAAGACAAGUCACAACACAGAGAAGUGAUUUUUCCUGGCCUCCUCGGAGCUGGCCCUGGGCCAGGAAGACAAGACAACAGCUUGUGGUGCCAACACUACAGUUUGGUCUGCACACCCCAGAUAAAGGGGGCUCAGUCAUACAACUGCGAAGGCUCCUUGGGGAACACUGACCUCAAGAGUUCCCUGUCUCAAUGGGAGGAGGCUUCGUUUGGGGGGGUCUCUCAGUGGUCUGCAGCUAUGGCAGAGCCCCUGCCCACUGGAGACAGCCUCCUGGGUUCCUCCUGCUCACUGAAGCCCGCACUGGGCCAUUGCAUUCCGGGGUCUCUAGACUCAAGGCUGGUCUUCCUAGCUAUGGAGUCAGUGCCCUUGGCUCCAAACUUUGUGACUUAGAAGCCUGAAGAAGGGGUCCCUUCCAUCCGAGUGCGCUUAACUCUGAGAUGCGCUAACAGAGAGAAAAGUAACCUUGGAGAACUUGCAUUUUUUUUGGCCUUGGUCCUUUGCUUCAUUGUUUUUUUUUUUUUUUUUUUUUUGCAAAUGAUGAGGCCAACAUCCGAGCACUGUAGCCUGCAGCUCAUUCUGUGCCCUGCCCUGCCCUACCCCUUAGCCUCCACCCUGCAAGCUGGUCUUGCAUGGCUGCCAGUAAUGAGUGGGGCCCUUACUGUGCCAUGUGUCUGGUGCCUGCAUUAUUCGUUAACCUGUUCUGUUAUCAACGGCAGUAGUUUUCUUCAAAGAGGGGGACAAUUUACCUGGCUCCUAUUUUAACUUGGCUGACCAGAGUCGGGUUCUUGUAACCAUUAAAAACAAUUAGGGGGGCCGGGUGUGGUGGUGCUCACACUCAGGAGGCAGAGCUCUGAGAUCAAGGCCAGCCUGGUCUACAGAGAGAGCCUGUCUUGAAGAAACAAGACAAAUGGGGGGCUAGAGGUUUCCCUGAGACACCCCUGCCUUAGCAAGGGGCUCCAGUUGGAUCCCGUUAAAGCACAGUGGCCGCGAAGGUAGGGCAGAGAAAUCUGGUAUGGGAGGGAGAGACCUUGACCUGGAAAGCGGCCUCCAUCUCUCCUGCUCUGCAAAGAGCUUUGGGAACUGGGAGUUGACGUUCCCACACUCAGCCUGGUUUUAAGGGACUUCUGUCCCUGUGGUGGGCCAGGACGGCUUCUAAAGGACAAUGAAAAUCUAGAGCUCACCCUCAUCCCAAAAAAGCGUCAUCAGGAAAUAAAUAAGGUGUAGCCC